AAAAAAAAAAAAAAAAAAACCAGGGUAGAGUUUCUUUCCCUGGUCCAUUGUCUGUCCUCAAUUCUUACCGUAACUUUCAUCUCACGGAAUCAUCACUUUUCAUCCUAUCAUCACCAUCCCUGCAGACAAUACACGUUCUGUCUUGUUUUCCGUUCGCACAGGCUUUCCCAAUAACUUUCCAACGGUAGUAAUCAAAAAAAUUUUCAUACCGUAAAAACAAAAAAAACCACAGCAAUAACGAUACCAAAGAUCAAUCAUUAUCGACAAUGGCAUACACACUAUCGUCGUCCUUCACAUAUACGCCCGACGUGGUUGAUUUCGAUGCCAUGAAUAUCACAGAGACAUUUCCAGAAGCAUCCUCCUUCUCUUUCGAGUUGAGUGGAAGUUACAAUCAUAGUUAUUCAGAUUCUAUCUCCGGUAUCCCUUUGGCACAGCAAGCUCUCUGGGAUGAUGGUCAACUGUCUGUUCCUCCGACGGUCGAAUCGAGUCGCAUCUACCAUCCAUCCUCCGGACUUUCCUCACUCAAUAACAGUGCAAAUAAUAGCAUUAACCUCGGAUAUCCAGCAUCUCGACAAUUUCUUGCACCUCCAGCCGUUCAUCAUCCUCGUACAAGAACACAAUUUCAAGGAUCACCUCUCAAAGAUGAAUAUGCAGGUUCCGGUUCGGGUUCUGAUCAGCAAUCGGAAGGGUAUGAUGAUAGUAGUCUUCAAAACAGCUGGGUCGACGAUACAAGAGAUCAUAAUGGAAUUAUGCUUCUGAAUGACAGAGAGCAUAAGGAUGAACAGCACCUACUAUUCCUUCAAGAGAUGGCUUCAGCCAAUCUAAGUCGUGGAGAUAGUAUCUCACUCUUUGCCAAACUUGGCGAUGAAUCUGACUUGAGCUGUGAUCUCUUCAAGGAGGAGCUUAAUGCGGAUGAGGCCAGGGAUCAGUCCAGGAUGCAAUCAGAAAACUCUUUUGGGCCUCCACCAUCUAAUAAUCCAUCAUUACCUGACAGCAUGCCCAAAAAGCCAAUAAUGAACGAGAUUUUCAGCCAAGAGUUCUUGAACUCACUCAAAGCACCACUCGUUCAGCAACCACCUCCGCCAUUAGAGUCCGCCACGAACCAGAAUUUGCUCCAAGGCUUGCACACUAUCGCAGCACCAACUAUGCCAGAUGAUGAUGUUUAUAAGCACGUUCGGGACAACAAUGAGGGCGCUGGAGGUGAACGCAAAGAGAGUAAUGAAGCAUACAAGCGUGCUCUUAAGAGCUUUAUUGAUUCUCUAAAAGUGGCAGAUCCCAUAAAGACUCCACACAAGUUUGCGCCACAACCGCUUCCAAUUCUCUGGAACGAGCCAAAGAUCCGAUCAAGAAAAUUACCUUCAUUCAGCCUUGCAGACUACAAAGAUAUCGCCAAAACUUCGUUAGCGAAGAUGUCCAUGGACACUCUCCCAACAAUUGCCAAGACACCUGCUCCGAGCAAGCAAGAUUCUAUAUCAUCUUCACCUACAAACACUCACUCCAUACCGAAUUCCACAAAUUCCUCCCCGAUUUCGUCUAUUGCUACAUCACCUCCUGUAGAUACCAAACCUAAACUCAUGUCUGCUGCAAAAACAUCAACUAUAAUGAGCGCUCUCUCGAAUUCAGAACAGCAACAACACCAAGAUCAGAGCCAGGAAAGUGAUCAAGAUGUUCAGCAGCCGAGGCAGCAGACACAGGACAAAGAUUAUGCUACUCAACAGAAGCAGGAGCACAAGUCCAACAGUGAUCGCAUCCGCAGGUCUUCAUCAAUCCAAAAUCCUCAUCUAGCCUUCGAUCCCACAAUUCCUCCUUCAGAACGAGUCGAGGAGGCAAAGCCAAUAAAGACACCUUUGGAGCGCCGUUCGAUGGUUCAACCCAUGGCCCGAAACAUGGAUCAUGGGGAAGACAAAGAUGAAGAAAAUAUUGGAUUGAGUACUACUCGACGAUCAGAGCAUAAAGGGUCAUUUGAUGGAUCACAACCAGCAGAUCUUGGCAACUCUCAAGGAUUGGCUAUGCGCAAACGACGCUCUUUACAUCAAGAUUUGUUCAAUCAGGAUAAAAUUCAAAGCAACGGAGAAGACGACGGAUUGGAGCUGCAAAAGGACCAGGGAGGCCCUGAAGAGAAUCCAAAGCCAGAAUCAGUAGCAACACAGAUUCCACAGUACUCCGAUGCUUCUCCAGCUCGCCGAAGCACCAGACCCUUGUCUGUCAAUAUCCUUCCAGAGUCUCUAACCAGCCUGAACAACUAUGCGAUGCACCAAGAGGUAGCACAGCCAGAACGAGCAAGGAAGCUCAUGGAUGAGGAAACAGAAGUGUCGAAGCCUUCAGGAACACAGUCCUUAGGUCGUGCGUCAGGCACCCGUUUAGGUCGCUCUGGUAGUAGCAGUUCGGGAUCGAUGAUGAGCCCUGCAACUCCGACUGCUUCUAAUCCUUAUGGCACGUUAUCGGGACGUACUCUUCGACAGGCAGGUGCAGGCUCUCAGCGACUUAGUUUGACAGGUUUGAGCAGCGUAUAUACUAAUUCGGACGCUCCAGAAGACGGAGGUGAUGAUAACAAGGAUGAUGAAUUGACUGCGCCGUUCCAGUCAUUGACUCUGUCAAAACUACAAACGCCGCCUGGAGCAGCAACAAGAAAUAGUGCUCGAUUUUCACCGCCUUCGAUGCUUCCGGUGCAACAUCGUCGUGGUCUCUCAUCACCAGAUCAGGAAUCCCAAAGGGAGACUAGAUUGCCAAGUCCAAUAGAUCAUUAUGACGAUUAUUAUCGCUCUGAAAGGGAUGAGCAACAGUUUACCAUGCCGCGGGGGCUACAUAGUCGUCAGCCUACUACAGAGCGUAGUAUUCAUGACUGGGAAGAGGACUUGGAUGAACCUUCACAACGCCGAUAUCAGUCCAAAAGUAUGAGAGAGCCAACAUCAGUUCAUCGGUCAUCGCCUGAAUUUCAAAAGGAGCAGCAGCGAUUACGAGUCCAACAACAGGCACGUGAGGAGGUCUAUGGUCGUGGCUAUAGCAAUAACUAUGGAGAUAGUCCUGACUCUGUCGAAGAUUACCAGAUUCGAUAUAGUCGACUUCCUGCUAGUACUAGCAAUAAUAUCAAUAGCGGCGGUCAUAGUAACGGUGCUUACCAACAGCAGCAGCAACACGCGCGCCACGGCCCACUUUCGCCCUCACGGGACUAUUUCUCGUCCACAACGAAAUCAGGAGCUGGCUCAUUGCGAUUUUCACCACCGGUAUCUGCGUCUACAAGAUCCUCUGACCAUUAUAGAAGGCAGAGCAAGGAUGGACAUAGCCUGAUGCCGGCGCCUAGAAUUUCACCACCACUGACAGCAAUGUCCACAGCCCGAUCCAGUACUUUCAACACAUUCAGCAAUCCUGGCAGUAUGGGUAAUAGUGGUAUUGGCAUGGGUAGCAAUACACCAAGAAGGUCACUUUCCAAUGUCGCAGGUGUAGUCAUGCCAACGUCAUCGCCAAUUCGUCGUUUGUCAAAUAAUUCGAGCAAUGGUUCCACAUCAGGAUAUGUUUCAGCACUCCCAAUCAUGGGUUCGGGAUUAUCUUAUGGUGCUAAUAAUAAUGGAUCGCUUCAUGCUCGAUCUGCUUCAUCUGGAUCAGCAACUAUGAGUCAAAGAACGAGCCUUUAUGCACCCACCAAUAUAGGAUCAGGAGCCACUGCAGGGACCAUGGGGGGUGCAGGAUUAGGAAUAGGGAUGGGAGCUGGACCGCGAGGAGUCCAAACAUUGACGGACGGAGUGCAAUCCUCAGUUAAUCUAAGGAGAUCUUCAUCCACUCUGAUUCCAUCUACGAGGCGUACUUCCGGACCUUAUUCAUCUACAUCCAAUGUCACAAUCCCGACUCCCAUGACUUCCGGAAUUCGUGGACCGAGCCGUAGUAGUGCCGGCGGUAUACCCGGUCCAAUUCCAUCGUCGUCAUCAUCUUCCGAGUAUGCUCGUGUAUAUGUCUCUCCACGUUCGAGUAUAAGUGGCGCCAGUGGUGGGUAUGGCGCAGGUUCUGGUGCAGGUUCUAGUGGAUUUAGAACAUCGCAGUUGAUGAAUGACGAUGGCUAUUCGUACAAGCUAGAGGCGCCGAUGCGCCAUUCAUCAUUGGGAGUGGCAUCUGGGAACGCAGUGUUCAACAGCAAUAGCAAUAUUAGCGGCUUGAACAGAAGCAACACAAUGAAUGCUCGCGGUAGUUAUGGUGGCAUGAGCAAUAGUGCAAGCACCAGUAUGUUGGUCCAACCAUCUUCAUCAACCUCCGCGUCGAUCGUGCCAUCACCCUCACAAAUUCGACGGACGUCGUCUAUCCCAUCUGGUGGAAGUGGGGGCAGUAGUGGGAUAGCAAGCUAUGGUGGCCAUGGUAUUGGGAGCAGUGGAUCCAUGACUCUUGGAAGAAGCAGUGGAAUGGCAGCUCAUCGACAAUAUCAAUCUUCACACCAAUAUCAGCAGCCUCUUCAGUCAUACCAACGUACAUCCAUGUAUGCAUAUCAUUAGAAGCAACUACGUCUAUAUG